AUGGCACUUGGCCCACAUGUAGAUAAAGUUUCUAUUGCUACAGCUAGUCUUGCAAGAUUAGAAAGUAGUGAAAAAAAACUUGAAAACCAAUUGGAUGAUGCAACGAAGGCUAUUGUUAAAGCAGAAGAAGAAGGCAAACCAGUUGAAGAAAUCAACAAGUUGAAGGACGUUAAAGAUAAGACAGAAACCGCUAUCUGGAUUACUAAAUUGGCAGCGGAGGAUAUCAGUGAUGGACGGGAUGAAAUAAUGAAGAAAGAUCUCAGAUUACAAGAUAAACGUGGUCAAAUUGUGAUUCUUGGUCUGGAUCAUGCUGGCAAAACAACUUUAUUACGUACAUUAAAAGACAAUGAUCCACUUGCUCAAUUGGUAUCUACUUUAUAUGAAAAUUCAGAAGAACUAAUUAUUCGAAAUAUCAAAUUUUUAGCAUUUGAUUUAAGUGGUCGUCAUGCUCAAGGUAAUAAAGCAAUUGAAUAUUUUUAUUUAUCGAUUUUUUUUCUGAUAGCUGGUCGUGAAUGGAAAAAUCAUCUUCCAGCUGUUGAUUCAAUUGUAUUUCUUAUUAAUGCAACUGAUCAAAAUCGUUUUGCUUUAGCAAAAGCAGAACUUGAUAGUUUAUUAAGUGAUGAACAAGUUGCUAGUGUACCAAUCGCGAUACUUGGUACGAAAAGUGAUUUAGAAGAAGCAAUCGAUGAAGAAGAACUUCGUGAAACACUUGGUCUUGUUUCGGCAACAGAAGAAAGUACUAGUGAUCGUUCAGAUAAAGAUAGUGGUCGCCAAAUUCAAUUAUUCACGUGUGAUGUACGUGAACAACGAACAUUUGGUCAAGCAUUUAGAUGGCUUCGACAUUAUCUCAAGGACAUCUAG